GCGCUAUGCCAUGUCGCGGCCUUCGAUCAGUGGAUCGCAGGAAAGGCAGAUGUGAUAUCUUACACGGCACGGCUCUAUCUUGGGCGUGAUGCAAGUUAAGGUUAAGUUUAUUGGCAGAUAUCUUAGAGAAAUCUACUCUUCCCCGUCACGAGAACUUUUUCCAUUCCUCCCUCCUCCUCACUGCCGUCCCUUGUCAGUGCUCCCGCUUUGUUUCGGCUUCUUGCUUUUCUUCUCUUUUCUUUUCCCCUUCCUUACUCAUACGACCCGAGCCGAUGGAAGGAAGGGAAAGGUGAGAAAUGACUGGAAAAAAAACCAUCCAGUACACUUACUGUAUAGCAGCGGGAUCUAAUUCCCCCCUCCCAACCCUCUCCACUAACACACAGUUUCUCAGGAAGAUGCCCACUCCAACGCAGACACGGACACUCAAUGACCACGCUGGCACGUUACAUACCAUACCACUCCGGUUCCAAUAAGAAAGUUCAGACCAGGGUGGCAAAAUGCCAAACUACGCUCUUCCUCCUCCUCCUCCUCCUCCUCCUCCUCUUCCUGCAAGAGGGUACUAAACCCCGAGGCAUUUAUCGAGCAAUCCACGAGGGGGAUAUUGAAGGGAGGGGUGAGAAUUUGUACAGUACUGGUAUGUGUUUGCAUGUAAGUGUGUGCAUGCACACACAAGCUCCGAGGGCCUCCCCGCGCGUUCCGACUCCCCAUUUAGAAGGAACGACAGAAAACGUGCACAGGCCCAUGCAAGUAACAGCUCCCCGGCUGAGAACUACCGCAUACAGGUGUAUCCCACGAAACCCGACAACCAGAAGCAUAAUCUACCUACCCGCUUUAUUCCCUUCAGUUGAUCAUGCAAAAAGCAAAUAAACAUAUAUCAAGAGAGGGGAAACAGCAAGGGAUCAUGUGUGUAGGUAAGUAAGAGGCAAGCAGGUAAGCAACAAGAUAAAUGACACAGCUGGAUAUGAACGGGUUGGUUGGUAAAAAAAUGCACAAAAAUAGAGAGAGAUGUGGUUACGAGCAAGAAAAACCAACCACACAAAAUACCAUAUGUCCAAUUACCAAGGCAAACUGCACAUUUCUUGGUUAUCAAACUUUUCCCCCAGUACAGCGACCCGCAGCUCGGUUGAAUUAGGUGCUUAUGAGCAUCAAAUUAGCU